AAUGCAUGAGGAAGAAAGAUGUGAAAGGCAGCCGAAGAUUCCCCAUUGUGCAGAUGAAUAACAAAACUAUCAACACCUUCAAUGAUUCGGCCCAAAUGCAUGUGAAAAGUACAGUCACCACAGUGCUGCUGCCCUGCCUUUAUCUCCUGGUGUUCACCAUUGGCCUUCCAGCCAAUGCCCUGGCUCUCUGGGUCCUGCUCACUCGAAUGAAGAAGCUGCCCUCCACCAUCUUCCUGAUGAACCUGGCCUUCGCUGACCUUCUGUUAAUGCUUGCCCUCCCUUUCAGAGUUUCCUAUUAUCUAUUGGGGAAUGACUGGCCCUUUGGAGAGCUGCUGUGUAGGGCCUGCACUGCACUGUUCUAUGGCAAUGUCUAUUGUUCCAUCCUGUUCCUAACUUGCACCAGCAUUGAUCGGUACCUGGCUGUUGUGCACCCCUUUCUCUCAAAGGCAGUCCGAAAGACAAGCUCUGCAAACUAUGUUAGUGCCACAGUCUGGGUGCUGGUCAUUCUCUUACUGCUGCCAUAUUACAUCAACCAGCAGGCUUACUUCAUCCAGUCUCUCAAUAUCACCACAUGCAAUGAUGCACUCCUCAGGGAGGAUCUGGUUGGUUACUACUUCAAUUACACAGUUUGUCAGGUAGUUUUUGGUUUUGUGAUUCCCUGUUUAAUAACUGUCUUUUGCUACGUGUCUGUCAUUGCCACAUUGGCUUUAAAUGGCAAGCAAUACGCCUAUGCGAUAAAGGUCACAUUGUUAGUGCUCCUAGUGUUCCUGCUGUGCCUUACUCCAUUUCACAUGGCCCUGAUAGUCCAGUCCCACACACUCAGCAGUGACACUUACAUGUAUGUCAUGCUCUGCCAAGUGCUCAGCACCUUUAAUAACUGCAUUGAUCCAUUCAUUUAUUACUACAUCUCAGGAGAGUUCAGGGACAAACUGAGAACUACAAUCUCUACCCUGAAAAAUGAAACAAGUUCUGGCAGAUCAGGUCAGAGUCUCAUUCAGAGCAGUAGUGCAUCACAGCCAAGUCAUCAGCCAGUGUAGUUAUCUUCUCAGCUCAAUAAGAAACUUUUGGGGAAUUUCACAGUCAGACCAGUGUGUAGGACUUAUCCAGUGCUUUCUAACAUAACCCAUAAGAAUUACUGUGGGAACCUACAGGUUUGUCAUUCUAAACCCUUCUAUUCUUUUGAAACUUCAAUUGAAUUAUCUCAAAUGCUUCUGCACUUUAAGUGCAUCAUCUGCCAGAGUAAUAGAUUGCUGAAACCUUACAGUAGAUGGGACAGCCCUGUUGGAAGUUAUGAAACAACCUUUUUGACCCUUCCAUUUCAGACACUAUGCCCCAGAUCACAAAGUCAUUGUCACAUUGACACAAGGGAAAGGCCCUUCAGACUCCACACUUUUCAAAAGCAACCACCUCUUGUAAUCUCAUUCCCCAGCAUUUGGCCCAUAGCCUCAUGUCUUGACAUCCAAAGUGCACAUCUAAAUAUUACUUAAAUGUAGAGAGUUUCUGCCUCUACCACCCUCUGGAUAGAAGAGUUACCCCCCUCAUCUCAAAAACCUUCUGCCCCUUACCUUAAGGCUGUACCCCCUGGUCACUGAUCCCUGCACCAAAGGAAGUCUGUACAUGUCCACCCUGUUUGUGUUUGAAUUUUGUAAAUCAUGUACUACCAAUUUAACAUUGGGUUUACUUUUUCUUUGAUGCCACUCUGCCUCACCAUUAGAGUCAAGAUUUCAAUAAAGAAAAGCAGCUUCUACUGGUGGGAGUCAGCCAAAAGGGAAAGUGUCAAAAUCCAAGCCAAACAGCCAAUUCCCCCAAAAAGCUGUGGAAUGGGGGUAUGCAACUGAAACUUGAAGGAGUUGCUGGUUUGGGGACCUAGUCCAGACUUAGCCAGCAGAAACUGUUGAGGCAGCUGCAUAUUCUGCUACCAGACUAAUGACUGACCAGCCAAUUUUUAACCACAGAAGGUACAAACAAUAUGCUGAUCACAAGUCAAACUUUGGAAACAUUGCCAGGUGAGGGUUUUAUUGCCUUUAAUGGGUGCAAAGUCUGGCUUUGAAGCAAGGAGAGAUCCUGUGCAGACUGUUGCCAAGCAAUCCAGCCUGGACAUGUUUGUUUCACAAACCCAGGGAAAUGAGAAAAAUGUAACACUGCAAUUCACUUGGUUAAGAUAUUGGGAACCUGAUACAGUUUUUACAUCUCCUUUCUGAAGAAAGGUUUCAAAUCAAAACUGAAGCUCUUUAGAUUAAGCAUCAGUUUUGCAUUGGGAUUAAGGGGAAAAGUCUUCAAUCCAAUUUGUUUAGAUGUCAACCCAGUUUGGUCACAUUUGCCUGUUUUGUAUUAUAAUAAAACAAAUUGUUAAAA